UUGGAGGAGCGCCGGAUUUGAAUCGCGGGAGGAGGAUACAACAAAGGCAACGACGGCUCCUUGCUCUGGGUGUGUUUUCCCCUCUCCAGCACUCAGCCAUUGCUUUGAAUGACGGAAGAGACCAAUGACGUCACUCCGGUGGGGGCGCGCGGAGCGAACCAAGUGGGCUCAAGAAAUAGGGGGAGCCGAAGCCCAAUGAGGCCGUGAACCCCGGAGGAAGCGGCGGCGCCAUGGAGCGGAGGAUGAAGCGGAGCCGAGAGCGGUUCGCCUCCGCCAUGAACGGCAUUAUGGAGAAGCCCAUCUCUCACACCCGAGAUGCAUAGUGACUGGGAAUAACACGGCUUGGACGAUUCUAACUUUCAUGCUUUACUCUUUGGGAUCUUCUCUAGCUCUUUUGUGGCUGCCCUUCCCUUCCUUAUUCUUCUUAUCUCUUGACUGCAGACUCCAUUCUGGGAGAUGUUUGACCCCAGUACAAUUUCCCCUUCAACGAUGAUAUGAUUGUCUCUAUCAAAUCUUUGACUUAUAGUACACCUGAUGGACAAAAAAUUUGGGGAGAAGAGUCAAGCUCUGAAAUUAUAGAUCGCUCUUACCAGAUCACUGUACAACGUCAAGAAAACAUAGAAAUACAGAAGCAGCGGGCCUCUGACUUUGAAAAUGAGGAGCAUGCAACUUAUGAGCCAUUUGAAACAGACCUGUGUGGAGAGAGUCAAAUUGAUACAGAUCACAAAGGCAAAGCUGAGCUGGCAUCCAUUAAAAGACACUUGGAUAAUAUACAUAUAAAGGAGAAUGUUCCUCCCAUAUACUCUUCCGCAACACCUGUAAAGAAUAAAUGCAGAGUUGAAGUGGACCUGCUGUUGGAGGAUGGUUCCAGCUCUAUUCCAAAAGUGCUUACGGUUGCAAGAACAAAAGCAAGGGAUGAUCACCAGUGGCUUCCUUUGCAAGAGCUGGGCAAUGAUUCCUUAAGUGGUCAUCCUGAUGUGGUCCCAAGGAAGCAAGUCUUGACUACAAAUGUACAUUCUUCAUUGCUGUGUCACCAGCCAUUUAACUCACAUGCUCCACAUUUAGCCAAUGGGACUAUGGUACCUAGAAAUCCGUUCCUUUGGAGUAAUAAUGAAACUGGCUUCAGUAGCUUUUUGGAAAUGUAUGAAUCUGCAGAUGAACAUUGCUCUUGGAAUAACGUCACAAUAGCAGAUUUGUACCCAAAAAUGGUGAAGACACUUAGCAGACUGUUGCACAAAGCUUCUUCCAGUUCAUUAAUCAGGUGGAAUAAAUACGGGUAUUGGCACCCUAAAAAAACAAAGCUUAAUACUAGUAAAGAGAGAAUAAGGAACUUCAGGUCAUUAAAUGUGAAAUCUAUCUUGACAAUGACAGAUGAUAAUCAGAAGAAACAUAAACUGUCCAUGACAAAUAUGAGAAAUAACAGUUCUUUUGAUGGUGAUGAGCUUCAAACUGAAUAUUCAGUGAACAAUGUGACUAGUGUGGUGUCUUCUGUGAACUGUGAUACGGACAACAUGGAAGUAAACUCUUCUGGCAUUGUUAAAUAUCAUUCAUUUGAUGAGAAAGUGGGACAAAAUAGCCUGGAAACCACAACUUUUCAUAGUAUUGUUUCUUCAGAUGAAACCUUUCUGGUCAGAAGUCCAACAUGUACUCCAUUAUCUUCAGACUGUGUAGAGAAUAGUCAUACUUUUGAAGAGUCCUUUUCUCCAAUGGACACUGCAGAUUCAGGAGCAGUAUUUAAUCUAACAGUAGAAGAGAAAUGUGGGGAAAUGGACACUGUUGCUUUCAAGGCUGCCUCAUGUUUAAACGUGCCCUUGAAUAGUAGCACAAAUUCUUAUUUGCAAAAUAAGAAGCUUUCUCCAGUAAAAACUUCAAAUACAUUACUGGAGAAUCAUGAGACUAAAAUGUUCAAUAAUGCUAUUUUGUUACAGCGGAGUUAUUCACUAUCAUCUCUUCCUGUUAAUCAAAGUCCCAUGAAAGUUCACCAGAAAUGUGAAGACGCAUUUGAAAAAAUGUAUAAGGAACUGUGUUCUCCAGUGUUGCAGAAAUCGUUUAAGUUUUCAAAUAUGUGUACAAGUCCUCAGAAGUCUACAAAAUUAUGCACAUCUAGUUUUAAUGGUGUAUCUUCAAGGUAUCAGAAAUGUAACAGUACAUUUGACAGCAUAUACCAGCAAUUGUGUUCUGAAGGAUUUCCAAAAAGUCCUACAUUUCUGAGAGCAGCAAGCCUAAAAAGAAAGUAUGAAGGAGUGCACAUGUCUGAAACUGUAAAUGCUCUAGUUAAUUCCCCAGUAAGAACUUUACCUGUAGUUUCCAGGAUUAAAGGAGCAGCAAGUUUCUUCAGUGAGGACUCCCGGUGUUCACCCAUAAAAAGAUUUAAAAACUUAUCUGAGAACUAUUAUAGAGUUCAUGAAAAACUGCCUUCCUGGAAAAAUAAUCUUCAGAAAACUGACAUGACUUUCACACUGUAUACUCCUAAUGUAAACUAUUGGACCUCACACAUGGAUUCUGGAUAUUCUUUAUCUUCAAAUCACAGCUUUCUGGCUUCUUCAAGUGCUAAUAUAACAGAAUCCAUGAUAGCAGAUGAGAAUGACAAUAAGAGUAUUUCCGUGUGUUUGCAAAAUUAUGUCUUUCCUGGAGGAUCACAAAACUGUACAGUAGAUGUUUCCAGAUGCUUGAACUACAAUGAUGGGAAAAUGAGAAGUAAAAAUGUCCAUGUGGAAGAACUUGCAUGUAAAGACUAUGAAGGGUCAUCUCUGGAGGAAUAUGCCAAGGGACUUCAUAACUUUUAAAUAAAAAGAUAACUUGCUUAGAUCCAAAGUGUCUUUUCAUCCAGGAAAGGAACAUUGUCCCAAUGGACUUUUCAUGAAUGAAAAUAGAAAAACACUUCACCAGCUCUCCUUAAUCUUACAACCCAAACACUUCACUUUGAAUACAGAGUCACAGACUUUAAAAGCAUGCUGAGACUGCAAAGGAAGAGAGAGCUGUGAAUACUCUUGUUUUAUCAGCAGACCUUGGCUCAUGUGGCACUGAAUCCAACUCAUUAUACUUAUGCUUUGCCACCCAAGAAUUGAAUAGCCUUCCAGAAGUUAAAUAGGGACCACAUCUCUAAAAACAAACUAAUCUUGCUUUUUUGCAGAGAUCAUUUGGCUUAUUAAGAGAAAGUUCUCUUCCUCUUUGAAAGCUCAUCAAGCUUAAAUGUUCCUUAUUAGGAACAAAUCAUUUUAUGGUGACUAAGUGUUUGCUUGGCUAAUCAAGAUAUACUCUUAAUCCAUGAUGUUCUGUAAAAGGCUGUUCAAAUGCAUUUAAUUUACCAUUUGGUGAGCAUCAACAUUAUUCUGUUGCUGAAAAUACUAAAUUUGGAAAGAUUGUGUAUUUCAAAUAUGAUUUUAACAUGUUACAUGUGUACACCAAAGUGCUUGGCACUUUUAUAUCUUUAUUGCAUAAUAAAC